UUCUGCCCCAGCCAAUCGGAAGCAAGCGGAAAGGACGGCCGAUUGUUUCUGAGCGACGCCAUUUUGGAAGCGAAGGGCAUUGAAUGGUUGUUGCCGGGACGAGAGAGAGGACUAGCAGCAAUGGCAGGACAUGAUGCACAUGGAUCACAACACCAAUUCACGGGAUUUCAGAAGUACUUCAAUUCCUACACCAUAACAGGGAGAAGAAAUUAUGUACUAGCCACAUAUGGAACCAUUGCAAUGAUCAUCUUGUACUUUAAACUGAGGCCUAAAAAACAAACUCCUGCUGUGACACAGAAAUAAUGCCGAUUGCUGUCAUGUUGAAACUGAACUUGCAAUACUGUUUUGCUGCAGCUAGUAGAAACUGAUGUUCCCGUCAAUAAAUCAUGAACAAUGAUCAAGUUUGUCUUCUGUAUGCAUUACUAAAACAGAAGUGAUUGCUCUAUAUAACUACUGGUUUUAAUGUCUACAGUUUGGUUAAAGAACUUUCAAUCUAUGCUGGAAACAUACAUUAAGGUAAAUCCUUAUUUAGACAUUGUAGUAUCUUUGGAUGUUACCCUGUAUUCUGCUCCAGAAAUGAAAUGUGAAUCUCAUUCAAAUAAAGUAUCUUUCCAGCUGUAA